GACAGAGAAAGGAGACGGGGCGGGGGCGUGUGGCGGGGGCUAGCAAGCAGAGGGAGCUGGAAGGAGAAAGCGACAGUUCCGGUGCCGCCGCUGCGGCCGCCGAGCUCUAGGCUUGCUGCUGCCACGGCCGCUGGGGCUGGGGCCGCCGGCGACGCACGGCUCGGGCCCCGCCCGGCAGCUCCGGAGCGGCGGGGGAGAGGGGCAGGGAGCCGGGGGCCGUGCCGCCCGCUCUCCUCUCCCUCGACGCCGCCGCCGCCGCCGCCGCCCGCGGGGCUGGGACCCGAUGCGGCUCGAGCCGCGGACCCCGGAGGAGCCCCGAAUAUUUCUGUUUUGGGACAGCCACGUGUCUAAUUCCUUAAAGUAGUUUAUAUGUAAAACUUGUAAAGGAUCAAAACAAUGCCUCCAAGACCAUCAUCAGGUGAACUGUGGGGCAUCCACUUGAUGCCCCCAAGAAUCCUAGUAGAAUGUUUACUACCAAAUGGAAUGAUAGUGACUUUAGAAUGCCUCCGUGAGGCUACAUUAAUAACUAUAAAGCAUGAACUAUUUAAAGAAGCAAGAAAAUAUCCUCUCCAUCAACUUCUUCAAGAUGAAUCUUCUUACAUUUUCGUAAGUGUUACCCAAGAAGCAGAAAGGGAAGAAUUUUUUGAUGAAACAAGACGACUUUGUGACCUUCGGCUUUUUCAACCCUUUUUGAAAGUAAUUGAGCCAGUAGGCAACCGUGAAGAAAAGAUCCUCAAUCGAGAAAUUGGUUUUGCUAUUGGCAUGCCAGUGUGUGAAUUUGAUAUGGUUAAAGAUCCAGAAGUACAGGACUUCCGAAGAAAUAUUCUAAAUGUUUGUAAAGAAGCUGUGGAUCUCAGAGAUCUUAAUUCACCUCAUAGUAGAGCAAUGUAUGUCUAUCCUCCAAAUGUAGAAUCUUCACCAGAACUGCCAAAGCACAUAUAUAAUAAAUUAGAUAAAGGGCAAAUAAUAGUGGUGAUUUGGGUAAUAGUUUCUCCAAAUAAUGACAAGCAGAAGUAUACUCUGAAAAUCAACCAUGACUGUGUGCCAGAACAAGUAAUUGCUGAAGCAAUCAGGAAAAAAACCCGAAGUAUGUUGUUAUCAUCUGAACAACUAAAACUCUGUGUUUUAGAAUAUCAGGGCAAGUAUAUUUUAAAAGUUUGUGGAUGUGAUGAAUACUUCCUAGAAAAAUACCCUCUGAGUCAGUAUAAGUACAUAAGAAGCUGUAUAAUGCUUGGAAGGAUGCCUAAUUUAAUGCUAAUGGCUAAAGAAAGCCUUUACUCUCAACUGCCAAUGGACUGUUUUACGAUGCCAUCUUAUUCCAGACGCAUCUCCACAGCUACACCAUACAUGAAUGGAGAAACAUCUACAAAAUCCCUUUGGGUUAUAAAUAGUGCACUCAGAAUAAAAGUUCUCUGUGCAACCUAUGUAAAUGUAAAUAUUCGAGACAUAGACAAGAUCUAUGUUCGAACGGGUAUCUACCAUGGAGGAGAACCCUUAUGUGAUAAUGUGAACACUCAAAGAGUACCUUGUUCCAAUCCCAGGUGGAAUGAAUGGCUGAAUUAUGAUAUAUACAUUCCCGAUCUUCCUCGUGCUGCUCGACUUUGCCUUUCCAUUUGUUCUGUUAAAGGCCGAAAGGGUGCUAAAGAGGAACACUGUCCAUUAGCCUGGGGAAAUAUAAACUUGUUUGAUUACACAGAUACUCUAGUAUCUGGAAAAAUGGCUUUGAAUCUUUGGCCAGUACCUCAUGGAUUAGAAGAUUUGCUGAACCCUAUUGGUGUCACUGGGUCAAAUCCAAAUAAAGAAACUCCAUGCUUAGAGUUGGAGUUUGACUGGUUCAGCAGUGUGGUAAAAUUUCCAGAUAUGUCAGUGAUUGAAGAGCAUGCCAAUUGGUCUGUAUCCCGAGAAGCAGGAUUUAGUUAUUCCCAUGCAGUACUGAGUAACAGACUAGCUAGAGACAAUGAAUUAAGAGAAAAUGAUAAAGAACAGCUCCGAGCAAUUUGUACCCGAGAUCCACUGUCUGAAAUCACUGAGCAAGAGAAAGAUUUUCUGUGGAGCCAUAGACAUUACUGUGUAACUAUCCCUGAAAUUCUACCCAAAUUACUUCUGUCUGUUAAAUGGAAUUCUAGAGACGAAGUAGCUCAGAUGUACUGCUUGGUAAAAGAUUGGCCUCCAAUCAAACCUGAACAAGCUAUGGAGCUUCUGGAUUGCAAUUACCCAGAUCCUAUGGUUCGAGGUUUUGCUGUUCGAUGCUUGGAAAAAUACUUAACAGAUGACAAACUUUCUCAGUACCUAAUUCAGCUAGUACAGGUCCUAAAAUAUGAACAGUAUUUGGAUAACCUGCUUGUGAGAUUUUUACUCAAGAAAGCAUUGACUAAUCAAAGGAUUGGGCACUUUUUCUUUUGGCAUUUAAAAUCUGAGAUGCAUAAUAAAACAGUUAGCCAGAGGUUUGGCCUGCUUUUGGAGUCCUACUGUCGUGCAUGUGGGAUGUAUUUGAAACAUCUAAAUAGGCAAGUUGAGGCUAUGGAAAAGCUCAUUAACUUAACUGACAUUCUCAAACAAGAGAAAAAGGAUGAAACACAAAAGGUACAGAUGAAGUUUUUAGUUGAGCAAAUGCGGCGACCAGAUUUCAUGGAUGCUCUACAGGGCUUUCUGUCUCCUCUAAAUCCUGCUCAUCAGCUAGGAAAUCUCAGGCUUGAAGAGUGUCGAAUUAUGUCCUCUGCCAAAAGGCCACUGUGGCUGAAUUGGGAGAACCCAGACAUCAUGUCAGAGUUACUCUUUCAGAACAAUGAGAUCAUCUUUAAAAAUGGGGAUGAUUUACGGCAAGAUAUGCUAACGCUUCAAAUUAUUCGCAUUAUGGAAAAUAUCUGGCAAAAUCAAGGUCUUGAUCUUCGAAUGUUACCUUAUGGCUGUCUGUCAAUUGGUGACUGUGUGGGACUUAUUGAGGUGGUGAGAAAUUCUCACACUAUUAUGCAAAUUCAGUGCAAAGGUGGCCUGAAAGGCGCACUGCAGUUUAACAGUCACACACUACAUCAGUGGCUCAAAGACAAGAACAAAGGAGAAAUAUACGAUGCAGCCAUUGAUCUGUUUACACGUUCAUGUGCUGGAUAUUGUGUUGCUACCUUCAUUUUGGGAAUUGGAGAUCGUCACAAUAGUAACAUCAUGGUUAAAGAUGAUGGACAGCUGUUUCAUAUAGAUUUUGGACACUUUUUGGAUCAUAAGAAGAAAAAAUUUGGUUAUAAACGAGAACGUGUGCCAUUUGUUUUGACACAAGAUUUCUUAAUAGUGAUUAGUAAAGGAGCCCAAGAAUGCACAAAGACAAGAGAAUUUGAGAGGUUUCAGGAGAUGUGUUACAAGGCUUAUCUAGCUAUUCGGCAGCAUGCCAAUCUCUUCAUAAAUCUUUUCUCAAUGAUGCUUGGCUCUGGAAUGCCAGAACUGCAGUCUUUUGAUGAUAUUGCAUAUAUUCGAAAGACCCUAGCUUUAGAUAAAACUGAGCAAGAGGCUUUGGAAUAUUUCAUGAAACAAAUGAAUGAUGCACAUCAUGGUGGCUGGACAACAAAAAUGGAUUGGAUCUUCCAUACAAUUAAGCAGCAUGCCUUGAACUGAAAUGAUAACUGACAAACUGAAAGCUCAAUAUCUGGAUUCUAUACUGCACUGUUAAUAACUGUCAACAGGCAAAGACUGAUUGCAUAGGAAUUGCACAAUCCAUGAACAGCAUUAGAAUUUACAUCAAGAACAGAAAUAAAAUACUAUAUAAUUUAAAUAAUGUAAAUGCAAACAGGGUUUGAGAGCACUAAACUAGUUCAUUUCAAAAUUAAGCUUUAGAAUAAUGCGCAAUUUCAUGUUAUGCCUUAAGCCCAAAAGGUAAACUUUGAAGAUUAUUUGUAUCUUUUUUAAAAAACAAAACAAAACAAAAAAACCCAAAAUAUAUAGAAAUGAUGGAGAAGGAAAAAGGAUGAUGUUCUUUCUUUGUCUUGCAAAUGCUAUAUGUUUUGGAAUGUGGACACAACAAAGUCUAUUAUUAUUAGGUUCAAGCGAAAUGGAGUUUGAUGUUAAAUUACAUUAAGAUUAGAAAAUAAUGAAAAUUUCUUAUUUUUCCAUUGCUGUUCAAUUUAUAGUUUGAAGUAGGUUUUUUGACUCCUUGUUUAAUGAAGAAAAAUGCUUGGGGUGGAAGGGACUCUUGAGAUUUCAACAGAGACUUUUCCUUUUUAAUAAAUCAAACCUUUUGACAAUUUGGGGUCUUAUCUGGAAAGUUUUGGAAGCAGUCACAAAUGAGACCUAUUACAAGGCGGUGUUUAGGGGUUUUUUUUCUGGACAGUAUUUACAAGAAUCUGAUUUUUACUUUCCAGGGAAAUUCUGGGCUCCUCCCACAAAGUAAAAUAAUCAUCAUAGGGAAAGGAUGAGCAGGAAUAGUUCCUGCUCCAGAAUUGUACAGUAUUCACCUUAGGUUGAUUUUUUUUUUUCUUCUUUUGCAAUUGAAUUGAAUACAUUUUCAUGCAUGUUUUCCAGAAAAUAGAAGUGAGUAUUAAUGUUAUUAAAAAGAUUAUUUUUUUUAUUAAAGGCUAUUUAUAUUAUAGAAACUAUCAUUAAUAUAUAUUCUUUAUUUACAUAAUCUGUCCCAUAGUCAUGCAUUGUUUUGCACCCCAAAUUUUUUAUUGUCCAUAGCAGCAUAGUCAGCUUUUCUCUUGGUCUGUGGGUGAGGCUCAGGCACUAUGCGAUUUAUACCAAUAACUAAUGUGUAGCUACUUAAGGAAAACAUUAAAAGUUUAUCAUCUUUCUUUUUAUUUCUUUCUGUUUUCACAAGAAUACCCCAUCUUCCAUCCUCUUUUAUACUUGAUAAAGCCUCAAUCAUGAAAUUAGAUACCAAAUUAGAUAACACAAGUUAGAGUAUCUUACUGAUUGCUUAAGUCCCUCUACCGAGGUAUGCUCAUGAAUAAUCCUUUAUAAUAAGGCGGAAUAGAAACCACAAACUUUUUACCUUUUUAGGCUAAUUAUCCAAUAUUUCUAUAAUAAAAGUAGUAUCUUAAACCAUUUUAAGAUCAUGUCCCAUAUCCAAGUGGUCAGGACUUAAUUCUCCCACUUUAUUAAAUUGCAUUGAACACAAGGUACACUCUUAAACACUUUGAACCCAAGAGGUAGGGGCUGAUGCUAGUCAUCACUCUAGAAUCUGCUAUUUUACUUGGUAUUUUAAACAGAUGACUAAUGCCCUAGGAAAUAGCUUUAGCGAAUGUCCAGGUGCCACACCAGAAAAAGUGCAAUAAAUUACUGACAGUUUCCUAGAUUAGGCAUAUUAUUGGAAUACAACUAUAAAGAGUGCACGUUGUGCACAUUAUAUGUUCUAGUAAAACAUUGUAAAAAGUAAUUCAUUUAUGAAAUUAGUUACCUAUAGAAGUCUUGAAUAGUGAACAAGGGACUCUAAUUCAAAAACUCUUAAUAUUUGGCUAUUUUAGAACCUUUAAAAGGGCAUAAUUAUUGGAGAUUUAGGGGCCUCACUAAAGCAUGUAUAUAAUACUACCAACAAGAAAAAUAAAUUUGAAGAUUAGGGGAACUUAUUUCUGUAAACUGUCUUGGAAUAAGUAAGAAGAAUUUAAACUCUAUUUUAAGCAGGAAGCCAGAUUCUUUUGCAGAUGUAGAAGAUUUCAUAUCUUAUUAAAACAUCAUGAUUAACAUUUUGUGUCUUUUAGGCAUAUUCAGUUAAUACAUACUAACAUCUCCGAGUCUUUUCUGUGUCAGGGACUGAUUACAGGAAAACUCAAGGAAAUGAUACACAUCUGAAACUUUGAUGUUGGAAACUAAUACAGAGAACCGCAUUUUACCCAAGUGCCAAAAAAGCUUUUGAGCUUCCUUGCACAAAAUUCAUACAUUUUUUGAGUUUCUCACAUUAGUCCAGGUAGUCCCCUUCCCCUGGGACUGUUCCACUAUUAAAACACAAACCAUAUAGCUUAUUUCAUCAUUUACAUUUAUGUUCAAGAGUCUGCAACCAAAUUAACUGUGUUUGAAGAAAUGUAGACAAAUUUUAUAAAGAAUAUAGAUUGAGUGAUCUAGCUAAAAGCAAAGUAAAUUUUAAACAAAUCCAAGCAGCACUUAAGCAAACAACAUUAAAAAUAAGAAAAAGGUAGUGUUCAGCAGGCAAAGAACCAAAAUUUGAAUUGAAUGCUACAUGGGGUGACUAGGAUGUGUUUCAAGUCGGUGAUAAUAUAGCUGCUUCCAGGUACUUCAGUAUCAGGUAUCAAUUCUCAUGGAUUGAUCAGUUCCAAAGACCAACCAUCCUUGCCACUGAAUGUGGUAUAACUAUUGACUACAGUUUCAUUUGGUCACUUGAGAAAUAUUUCCUUUAAUGUCUUUUAGAGAAAAAAAGAAAAGCAGGUUUAAAGAAAGUGAAGCCUAAUUUAAACAUUCUAGCAAAAAAUAAUCAACUGAUAAUCUUAUGCUUUAACUUUUUAUCAUAUUUUUAGCUAUACAAAAUGAUUUAUUUUGAAGAUUUUUAGACUGCUGUUAAUUUGAAAUCUGUUAAUCAUAUUGUAGAAUUUGUUUUUUUAAAAAGAUGUUUCUAAUUGGAUUUUUUAAAGAAUAAUGGAAUUUGGUCACUAUUUUACAGUAGACCCUAAGCUUUUUGUGGUUCUUAGUGUCCUCUGUAAAACUUACUGUCAAAGUAAUCAACUUUUGAGGUUUUCCCUUCUAAUCUGCUUUAUAUUACAAGCCCUUUAAGAAAUGGGAUGCUGGUGAAUAUAAAAUGAAUUGUAAAAUAUUUUAAUGUGUAACUUUUUCAACUGUGAAACUAUGACUAUUGGUUUUCUGAUGAAAACAGCUGCUGAUAAAGUA